AUGGUGCUGAAAACCGCUUAGGAGCUUUGGAUAAUAGAAGAUGAUAAGCGGGCAGGAUUUUUGUUGAAUUUGAAGAAUCAUUAUGGUGUGGCCACCUCUAGCUGUACAGUUCCUAGUGGCUGGAUCCACGCAUCUAGCAGCACUGUCGGCCGGCGGCGUGAUAGCCUAUCCAAGCGUGUUGCUGGUACAACUGAAGAAUAACGAUACUAUUAUAGAAUUGGACCUGCAUAAAGGAUCAUGGAUUGGUUCCGUUCACGGCAUAGCCGGCGUUCCAAGCAUCCUUAUGCCUUUUAUAAUGCAGUACAGAGGCAGAAAAUUCGCCUUCAUCCUCAGCUGUCUUCUCAUCAUCACAGGCUGGAUCCUCACUUACUUAGCUCAAAACUUAAGUACUUUGAUUAUUGGCGAAUGCUUCCAUGGACUCGGCACCAACAGUCUGGUCGCUGUCAGCUUUCUCAGCGUCUCCGAAAUGGUUCGACCCAAAUAUCGAAGCACCUGCCUUCUACUCUACGGAACCAUACAAGCUCUGGGUAUUUCUUCCGUCGGUAUAAUAGGAGGAUAUCUUCAUUGGAAGACGACUGGUUUAAUCAUGUGCUGUCCAGCGUUAUUGGCUAUUCCUUUAGGUCUUAUUUGGCCUGAAUCCCCUUCUUGGCUAGCUUAUAAAGGGAGGUUCAAAGAAUGUGAACGGAAUUUUGUAAGGCUAAGAGGCACUGACGAGGAAUCGAAAAAAGAGUUGAAGGCGUUAAUCAAUGCACAGAAAGAAGAAUUAAAAACAAAAUCAGUGACAAAACUCAGGGAUUUGAGGAAUACAGUAAAAAGCAGAGAUUUCUAUUUGCCGACUAUACACACUUUUGUUUUAAUCAACUUCUUGUACUGGGGCGGAGGGAUGCCGGUCAUAAUAUACGCCAACGACAUGCUCGUGAAAAUUUCAGGCACUUUAAACGCCAAAACUAAAUUAGCUAUGGACAUUAUCCUGUUUAUUGGCUAUAAUAUAACUACAGUCUGCGUGCGUUAUUUUAGCAGUAAAAAAGUAAUGGUACUCAGUAUGAUAGGAUCAGCAGUUUUCAUGGGAGGGGCGACAUUGACGACGAUUUUAGAAAGAGUGGGGGUUUUGUCAAAAGAGCUUGAAUUAGCUGAGUAUUGUCUCAUUGGUUUCAUGAUUUUCGUGAGCACAAGUUGUGUAGGGUUUUCUAUAUCAAGCGAGAUAAUGCCGGUGAAACACAGAGGUGUGGGUGGGUGUUUAUAUGUUUUAUAUACCUGCUUGCUCCAUUCUUCAUGUCUAAAGGCGUACCCUUACCUGUGUUUAUAUAUGAACAUAUGGGGCAUAUUUCUGCUUUAUACUAUUUAUAUAAUGGUGACUAUUUUUAUCGUUUGGAGGUAUGUGCCUGACACUAAGAAUAGAACUUUGCAAGAAAUUGAAGAUUAUUAUGCUCUGGGCUAUUUUAAGGAUGUUCAUAGGAAUGAUGCUGUUGGUGAACCAUUUAUUAACUCUGGUGUUCGUUAGUUAAGUGAAUGUUCUAAUGUAGAUAUAUCUAUUAAUUUAUUGUCUUUAUAAAAUAAAUAGCUAACUUAUUUUUUCCCGAACAACGUAUUUAUACAGUUAAACAAAGUCAAAGUCCAAAUCAGUUUUUGUAUUUUGAACUUUAUUGACACCGAAAUAAAGUUUUAAAUGGUAUGUAAAGUUACUGAAUGUAAAAGCUUUGUAAAAUAUGAGUCAGUGUUUUGAGAUAUAAUGUUUUGAAACUUUGAUUUUAUGUACCAAUUUACAUAUUACGUAUUUCUGGAUUGCAUUUAAAAUAAAAUGUAUUUAUUUUGUUAGUGCUUUCUAUUAGAAAAAAUAUAAAUAUCAUAAUCUUCCCAUGAAUUAUUAAAAGAACUACUGUCAUAUACAAUAAAUAAUUUAUUCAUAGAUAAUAAGUGUAUAUGUAUAUUAAACAUGAUAAUGUAAAUAUUUCAAUUACAUAAAAAUAUAUAAAAAACAAGGUUGUAAAAGAGGUACCUA